AGGGGGGCGCGGUUGUCGCCCUCGGCGCUCACCUCGAGCUCUUGGCGCGGCUGCUGCACCAGGCGGCGGCCGUGGGCGACCUCCAGGCGCUGCGCGCCCCGCUGCUGGCCAGCAGCGCGCCGCUCGGCCGCGGGCUCGAGGAGAGUAUCCAGCCUCUGAGCACAGCGGCUCCGAGACGGGGCCGUGCCAGUCCCCGAGGCACUCUGGGGCCAGAGGCCCCAGCGAGGCGGCAGAGGCCCCGGUGCCAGAGCCGUCGCGCAUGCGCCAGAGCAUGUUGUCGUGCGCCUCGUCCUCGAAGACUGCGGGGUGGGCAGAGGACCUCCGUGUACUGUGGCAGAUGCGGUGCAGCCGAUCGAACCUCCCGAGCUCCAUGGGUCUCGGAGCGGCCAGCGAGCAGACCGAGAGCGCCUCCCGGAUUUUCCGCUGGCUCCGGGGCAUCGUUGGCAACGCGCGCUACGAGGUAUUCUGGGCUGCAGUCGUGAUGGUGAACACUUGCACCAUGAUCUUGGAAGAGGAGUGGACGGGUAUCCGCUCUGGCAACCGCAUCGGUGCCUACAGGGAGUACGGCUCAGACGAGUACAUGGAGACGUGGUGGCCAAGCGCGAACACGGCCUUCUUCGCCAUCGAUUGCGCCUUCUCCCUGAUGUUCACCGUGGAGCUGGUCUUGACAUUCUCCUACGACGUCUGGAACAGGCUGCUCGGCCUCGGGGCCUAUUUCCGGCAUCCGUUCUGGACGAACCCAUGGGAUUGGUUGGACCUGGUGAUCGUCGUGUCGUCCAAUUUGGCGCUCCUCGUCGGCGUCGGCGACGGGCCCAUGUCCAACGCACGAUUCUUCCGGAUAUUCCGCCUGGUGCGCCUCCUCCGGCUGGUGCGGCUGGUGCGGAAGGUCAAUUCGCUGGACCCGCUGCACCUCAUGACGACGUCCAUACGGGGUAGCGCGACGGCGCUCGUGUUCUCCAUCUUGCUCCUGCUCCUGAUCCAGACCAUGUUUGCGAUGAUGCUGACCCAGGUCCUGCGGUACGGCUGGCUCUCGGAGGGGUCGUCGCUGUCGGGGGACGUCCAGGUGCAACUGUUCAGAUAUUUCGGCACGUACACCCGCUCGAUGGUGACCAUGUUCGAGCUCAUGCUGGCGAACUAUCCCACCGUCUGCCGUUUCCUCAUGGAGGAUGUUCAUGAGGCAUUCGGUUGCUUCGUCGUGUUCUAUAAGCUCUCGAUCGGUUUUGCGGUGAUUGGCGUGGGUGCCGGCGGAUCCAGGAGACGUUCUCGGUGGCCCAGAACGACGAGUUCAUCAUGGUGAGAAAGCGGAUCCGACAGAUGAAUCACCACAGACAGACCAUCAGCCGUUUGUUCCGGAUCGGCGACAGCGACUUCUCUGGCACGCUGACCCGCAAGGAGCUCAACCAGUUGCUGAAGAAGGAUUUCAUACGUACGUAUCUGGAGGCAAUGGAGCUCCGCUGUUCCGACCCCGACAUGCUUUUCAUGCUGAUCGCGGGCGACGCGGACGAGGUAACUCUCGACGAGUUCGUCGCUGGCAUCGGGCGCCUCAAAGGAGCUGCAAGGAACAUCGACAUGAUCGCCGUGCUUGACAUCCUUAAGCAACACCAGAGAAGCGUCAUGCGCGACAUGCAGCUGCUGAUCGAGGACAUCAGGCGCAAAGAAGACGCACGGGAGCAGAGGGCCCGAGCGAGCGCGCGGGCAAGCGCGCGGAGAGAGCGCCGCGCCCGCCGCCCGCCGCCGCUGCGACGUCGAG